GGCAGCAGUAUAGGUUCCUGUCUUGAAGGAGUCCUUGUCCUCCUGAACUUUGCAUUCAAGAAGUGCUUUGGGGUUUGAGUUGGUUUUCUUGGCUCCAACCCCGGGCCUUCUCCUCAAGGGUGUGUGGAGUUUAGAAGAUGGGUGGAGAGUGGGCUUGGCUGGAACUGAAUUGGUGGAGGUGAAAGGGGAAUGUAGGAUUCUCAGCCUUGGCCACUUCGGCCCAGCGAACCCACUUUAUUUUUAGCCGAGGAAAAGAACUGCAUUGGCAGCAGGAAGAAGAUUCUUUUUAGGAAGUCGGCUUUCCUGGCCCUCUGAUUUGGGGUUGCAUGCUUGAGAGUUUUGUUUCCCUUGUUUCCAGGGUGGCCCAGCUUGGUCUGAAUCGGCUCCCUCUGCCUCGCCCUCCUCCCCAUUUUCUAGCCAGGAGAAAAAGAGGAGGUGGGGGGCCAAGAAAUAGAAGGAGAGAGAGAGAGAGAGAGAGAGAGAGAGAGAGAGAGAGUUGCAGGCGCUGUCCGGGGCGGGUGUGAGGGAAACAGCUGUUUUGCAAUCAGCUGAGGAGUAUGAGCCUCCUGGAGGACGGCAGGAGCUCCGGACACUGCAGGAGUUCCCAGCUAAUGACAUAGGCGAUAUGGAUCAAUUUAUAAACAACUUGCAGGUCCAACUUAAUUCAGAAAGUGGCUCGAUGCCUGUAUUGAAACAGGUCACUGGCUCUGUUCAGAUCAGAGAUACCCCAAAGACAGCAGACAAAGGUAAUGUGACAUCUCCACCACUCCUGGAUGCUAGCCCCAUGGAGAACUCAUCACUUUUUAAUGACAUCAAGAUUGAGCCACCAGAAGAACUUCUGGCUAAUGAUUUCAACCUGCCCCAGGUGGAACCUGUUGACCUCUCCUUUCAUAAGCCCAAGGCUCCUCUCCAGCCUGCCAGCAUGCUGCAAGCUCCAAUACGUCCUCCCAACCCACAACCUGCUCCCCAGACUCCUGUAGUGUCCACGUCAACAUCUGACAUAGGCACUUUAGCAAGCAUCCCUACCGUGCUGACUCCAGGCUCUAUCCUGGCCUCCUCUCAGGGCACCAGUGGCCAGCAGAUCUUACAUGUGAUUCACACUAUCCCCUCAGUCAGUCUGCCAAAUAAGAUUGGUGGCUUGAAGACCAUUCCAGUAGUGGUGCAGUCACUGCCCAUGGUGUAUACUACUUUGCCUGCCGAUGGGAACCCUGCAGCCAUUACAGUCCCACUCAUUGGAGGAGAUGGCAAAAAUGCUGGAUCAGUGAAAGUUGACCCCACCUCCAUGUCUUCACUGGAAAUCCCAAGUGACAGUGAGGAGAGUGCAAAUGAGAGUGGAUCCUUGGCCUUACAGGGUAUUCAGGGACUACAGCAAGAACCAGCAACAAUGACCCAAAUGCAGGGAGAAGAGUCCCUUGACUUGAAGAGAAGACGGAUUCACCAAUGUGACUUUGCAGGAUGCAGCAAAGUGUACACCAAAAGCUCUCACCUGAAAGCCCACCGCAGAAUCCAUACAGGAGAGAAGCCUUAUAAAUGCACCUGGGAUGGCUGCUCCUGGAAAUUUGCUCGCUCAGAUGAGCUCACCCGCCAUUUCCGCAAGCAUACGGGCAUCAAGCCCUUCAGGUGCACAGACUGCAACCGUAGCUUCUCUCGUUCUGACCACCUGUCCCUGCACCGCCGUCGCCAUGACACCAUAAGCACAAAGGCAAUUUCCCAGAGCCCUUCAGAAAUUGGCCAGUUCAACUUCACCAGUUACAUUUUAUCUUUCCUGACUUAUUGUCCUCUGAACAGCAUAGGCAGGAGGAAACCCCAGCAGGAGAGCAGUCCCAGAAAGUGACUUCUAUUUUGUGUAGGGGAAAGAAGCCUGCAGUGAAGAGAUUGAUUUAAUGUUUUUCCAUUGUUACUUUGUUUAAAGAAAUUACAGAACAGUAUAUAAGCUUUAGUCUCUAUCUAUAACUCUUAAGUUUGUGCCUCGUUAUUUCAGUGCUUUAGAGCACCACCCCAUUUUUUCUCUAUUUUAUACUAGUUCUUGCUCCAGAAACAUGGCUUUGAAGCUAGGAUCAUGAACUAUCUGUUAUGCAGCUGGAGGUAAUCAAGAAUUGCCUCAGAUAGCAUGGUCACUUAGAGGUUACUCUGUUCUAACUUAAUGGGACUCUCCCUUUGUGGCAUCCAGGCAGGGUGUGUGCUUGGGUACUAAGUAAACUUGUUAUGUUUGAUUAUUGUACUUUUUUAUUAAUAAAAUAACUAAA